CCCGCCCCACAGAGAAUCGGGCUCACGCCAUCUUGCCCCCCCGUCCGCGCCCAGCCACCCUUUCCCUUUAGACUCUCUCAGCCCCCUACCCCGCCCCUUUCCAAGCGUGUCCCGGGCCGCCGCCGCAGAAACCGCACCAUCUCUAUCCCCACAUUCUCCACGCGGGACGCGCAGCCGGGUCUACAAGUGUUCUUAGAACAGAGACGAGCUAUCUGGAGUAAGGUCAGCAAGUGACCUGUCCAUUUAAGCCACAGAUGAAUAACACUGCAGCCAGCCCAAUGUCUACUGCCACUUCAAGUAGUGGAAGAAGUACAGGGAAGUCUGUAAGCUUUGCAGCAGAAUUGCAGAGUAUGAUGUUUUCUCUAGGUGAUUCUAGGAGGCCUCUUCAUGAAACAGCAGUUUUGGUAGAAGAUGUAGUACACACUCAGUUAAUUAACCUGUUACAGCAAGCUGCUGAAGUUUCUCAGCUCCGGGGAGCAAGGGUAAUCUCUGCUGAAGAUCUUCUGUUUUUGAUACGCAAAGAUAAGAAAAAACUUAGAAGACUGCUAAAAUACAUGUUUUUCCGAGACUACAAAUCAAAGAUUGUCAAAGGCAUCGACGAGGAUGAUCUUCUGGAAGACAAAUUGAGUGGCAGUAAUAAUGCGAACAAAAGACAAAAAAUCGCUCAAGACUUUCUCAACUCCAUUGACCAAACAGGAGAACUCUUGGCAAUGUUUGAAGAUGAUGAAAUUGAUGAAGUUAAACAAGAAAGAAUGGAGAGAGCAGAAAGACAAACUCGAAUUAUGGAUUCAGCUCAAUAUGCAGAAUUCUGUGAAAGUCGACAGUUAAGUUUCUCCAAAAAAGCCUCCAAAUUUCGAGACUGGUUGGACUGCAGCAGUUUGGAGAUAAAGCCCAAUGUUGUCGCUAUGGAAAUUUUAGCAUAUUUAGCGUACGAAACUGUGGCACAGUUAGUGGAUCUGGCUCUUCUUGUGAGGCAGGACAUGGUAACCAAGGCAGGAGACCCCUUCAGCCAUGCCAUUUCUGCGACCUUCAUUCAGUAUCACAGCUCUGCUGAGGGGUCUUGCCUAAGGUCCUACCCAGACUCUCCUGAGAACACACCUCCUCCUACACCGAGCGCUCCAUCAUCUGGAUCACAGCUCUCAGGGAGAACCACAUCAGGAUCCCUAGGGAAUGGGAGUGCUGGACAAGACUCAGCUAAAACCAAACAAAGGAAGAGAAAGAAGAGCACUGCGGCCUGUGGUGUUGAGGCUCACAGCGAUGCCAUCCAGCCCUGCCACAUCAGAGAGGCCGUUCGACGCUACGGCCACAAGAUUGGCCCCCUUUCCCCAUUCACAAGUGCCUACCGCAGGAAUGGGAUGGCUUUUCUGGCCUGCUGAUGUGACUGUGACUGAGACAACAGGAAAGGCAGUGUUAUAUUAAGGUGAUUUCUGUUCCCCUCCUUGGGCAAAAUAAAAGACAAGUUUACCUUCUCCGCAUCUUUGGGAGUGGGUUGGUUUGUUGUGACUAUCAACUGGCUGACUCCAGCCCUUUUCCAGCCCCCUCAACGCUUAGUCUUGUUUACUAGAUGGGCCAUUUAGCCAAUUAAUGGCAGGAUGUUUGGGAUGGUGUGUAGGUGGACAAGAAUGCACAUCACACAGUUUUGAGAUUUUAAUUUGGAAUAGAUUUACUGCUCUCAGCUCACAUAACUUAAAAGCAGUGACUUUUUUUUUCUCAGUGUUUAGUCUAUGUUUUAUUUGAUGCAUUUUGUAAUCCAGGUUUAGGACAAAGGAAACAAAAUUAAAAGAACAGUCAGUUUUCCCCUUGGACUGUCCCACCAACUCUACCUUCUGACAUUUGAUGUCUAGAGCUACAUGUAUUUUACAGACAAAUGUCCAUCUUAUAAACUCACACUAAUCAAAGACCUAAUUGGCCUGAUGAACUGUCUGUUCCCAUCUUCUCUUCCCUUCACCCCACGUGUAGUAUAUGUGUCAUUUUCAUGGCCUCUUCCCAACUUCCUGAGUAUCUACCUAUCGUGUGUUUUUCCCCUCGUAGGCCCUCUUCCCCAUCUUCAUUUUUCUCCUUCCCCUGUCCCUCCGAUCCCCAGGCCCAGCCCUCACACACACGCUGUACCCAUUUAGAAGCAAAGCGGUUAGAAUCAAUGGAUGGGGAGCCAAGUGAUCUGCUUUCUCCCUCCAAAGCACUAACACCUAGACUGAAAUGUGGGCUGGGCAGUUUCUUGCUGGUAGCAGCUGAGUUAUCCUUCUGGCAUCUGUACUUUCUCCAGUAAACGAGGAACUGUAACGAAGCGAACCAAAAUACAGCAGUUAUAUACAGUUCUUGAUUGAACUUGAAUUGCAAAGGAGGAAGUUGUUUCUUUAAUUCUUUAGGAGUUUUGUAUAAUUUUACUUUUAUCAUGGUUUCUACACACACUGAGAUAGCCUUUGUAAAGAAUUAAUAAAAACAGAAAUGAGAAGCAUGCAAGGUUUUCCUCCUGUGACCAAAUCGUAGUGAGGCUCAGUUAGCGUGAUUGUGCCAUAUUUUCACAUUUGUUAACUAUCACUUACCUGUUCUAUGUUAGUCCUUCUGGAAAAAAUCUUCAUGUCAAGAACAAAAAAACGCAGAUAUAUAAUAUCAAAAAAUUGCCAAAGGGUUUUGAUGUUCCAUCUGCGCUUGGUGAAAUGUAUGAUUAAACUUUUCUUUUUAUCAUCAUUCUUAUUUUUCUUGGCAUCCCUAAUCAUGGAAAAUUACAAGCUUGCAGUAAACAUCCUAACUUGUAAAACGACAGCAUUUAUUGUAUUUGGUUUCUAUGCCAGGCUUAUAGAUGUGUAAAAUUUUCAGGAGCCGAUUUUUCACAUCGAAAUUCCUCCUCUCCCACAUUAUACAUUUUAAAGUAUGCACAAGGCAGAAAAUAUAGGGUUUAGAUUUUUUUCCCUUCAUUUUAUUCUACCUGAUCUCCUUAUAGUCCCAGAGAAGGAAGACUCAAUGUACAUUUCUCUCAGAAAUAUGACAGGUCUGUGUUUUUGUUGGUCUGGCGUAUGUUUGUCUAUCUUGAACAGUCUGACAGGUAAUUAUUUAUAAAAUCUGGUUUUGCCCAGUAAGUCCAUAUAAUAACCUUUCACUUUUCAUCAUAAGCCAGUGAGCUGAAUUUAGAAUAAAACAAGGUCAUUUAUGUCUGUCCCAAACCAGCCUAGAUGUCCCCGUAAUGGCUCAAUAUUAAUAUUUGUAAUUCUUUUUUUUUCUUUUCUACACUUAGGUUCUUUUUCUGACUCUUUCCACAACACUAAAUUUGAAGUGAAAUAAAAUUUCCUUAAGCAGUGAGUAUAGGGGGAAAAAAAUUUAUAAAGGGAAAGUUUCAGAAAAUGUGACUUAAAUAAAUUUCUUUAAAGAUUAAAUUGUUAUGUAGAAUCAUAAGCUGUCAGAGUGGAAGAUGGUCUUAAAGAUCAUUGGAAACAA